AUGGCCACCCCGCCCUCCUGCCCUGGUGCUGGGCCUGGAGCUUCCAGCAAAGCCUUGGGCCUCCUCCUGUUCCUGCUGCUGCUGCUGCCCAGCAGGCACCUCGACAGCGAAGGGAUCACCUUGAGCCAGGCCGUGGCCUGUGGCCGGCGCCACGUGCAGGGGAGGAUCCUAGGAGGCACGGACGCCCCUGAGGGGAAGUGGCCGUGGCAGGUCAGCGUGCACUACGGGGGCUUCCACAUCUGCGGAGGGUCCAUCAUCAAUGAGUACUGGAUCCUGACAGCAGCUCACUGCUUUAGCAAGAACAGGAGCCCUGCGGCAUUUGAUAUGUACGUGGGCCUUGUGGACCUCAAGCUCGCAGGCAACCAUACCCAGUGGUUUGAGGUGAAUAAGGUUAUUAUUCAUCAUACAUUUGAAAUGUACCACCCUCUUGGAGGUGACGUCGCUCUGGUGCAGCUGAAAAGUCCAAUUGUAUUCUCUGACUCUGUACUCCCCAUCUGCAUUGCAACCCCAAACAUAAACCUGGAGAACCUUACCUGCUGGGUGACAGGAUGGGGACUCAUCUCCCAAACAGGUGACACCUCAGACCACCUGCAGGAGUUGCAGAUGUCUCUGAUCCCAUUCGUCUUAUGCCAGAUGCUCUAUGGACACACAUCAUACAUUGUGCCAGACAUGAUUUGUGCCGGGGUCCCCGGGGAACUGAAGACAGCCUGCGAGGGUGAUUCUGGGGGCCCACUCGUCUGUGAAUCCAACCACACAUGGGUGCAAAUUGGAAUAGUGAGCUGGAGCCGUGGUUGCCUGUUCCCCAUGUAUCCUACAGUUUUUGCUCGUGUCUCCCAUUUCUCCAUAUGGAUCCAUCAUCAGAUAGCAUUAACACCCGUACCUCCUCAGCCGCUCCCCACCUUCUCCUCCUCUCUAGGGCCCUCUGUCCAUGUCCUUAUGACCAUGAUGACCUUCCUGACAAUGUUGUGA